CGGAUGAGUUCUUUGAUAAUUGCCCAGUAUCGAGACACCACAUCAAGAUGCCUCCGUGUGGGUACACUUGGAAACUUCUGAUCGAAUCCAUGCAUGCUACAAAACCCCAAGAGCCAAUCCCUCGAUCAAAGGAAUCUGGUCUAUAUCUUCUAGUUCCAGGCACCCAGCCCCGAGUAUGCCAGAGUCCAUCAACCAUACAUGCCCGUAACCCGCGAUCAAGAGCCAAAUCUGCCACUUUCCCUCAUCCUCAAUAUUCAACCAUCCCAUUACAAACAAUACCUUCAAGACAUAACGCAGUCAACAUGUCCGAUCCGAAUCAAGAUUUUGACUACUCAAACCUAAACCGAAAAGGUGGAAACGGAGGAAAAAACGACAAACCCCCUUAUCCAUGCACAUGUGAGGAAUGGCAUUGGUACAAAAAUUGUCCUCUCAGGUAUUGCAUCCAAAACCCGUGGGCGGAAUCGAAGAAGGGGAAGAAGGGGAAGAAAGGAAAGAAAUGAAUUCCAGGAAUUAUAAUUGGAUCAACUGAGAGAUAUUGUUAGAUUGGAUGGAGACUCGUACUGCAGAGGAACGGUUGACACAGAUGCUUCCCCUGGAGAAAGUUUUGCUGGGAAAGUUGAGGCUAGGUUUUGGAGAAAGGCAG